AUGCCCUCGCCACACGCGCCCCUGUCCCCGCACAAGCUCCAGCACCGCAACCCGAAGGCGCUCCUCCAUCCCGUCACCGGCAGACCGCCUCCAGCGUCUUCCCGCCUCAUCCAUCAGCAGGCCCUGGGCAAAGUGGCACGACAACCUGGAGACAGUGCACGGUGCAGCGGACGGAACCGAGCGCUGGUAGACAAGAGGCUCACGUCCCAGGCCCGGGCCCUGAGUCUGGAUGGGAAUCCAGGUGGGCCUCCUCCAAGGCUCAGACAUUACUGCUUGGUCCUCCUGCUGCAAGGGCCCAGACUGGUGCAGUUAAAGGAGGCGUUGCUGGCGAAGGCAGAUGGAGGGAGGAGCAUGGACCUAGACUGCCCCUUCCUCGAGGGUCUGUAUGUCACGGAGCCAAAGACCAUCCAGGAACUGCUGUGUAGCCCCUCCAAGUACCGUCUGGAGAUCCUGGAGUGGAUGUGUGUCCGGGCCUGUCCCUCCUUACAGGACAAGUUCAGCUCUCUGAAGGGUGCCCAGGCUGAGGUGAAGAUCCAAGAGAUGGUGAAACUUGGCCAUGAGCUGAUGCUGUGUGGGCCAGAUGACCAGGAGCUCGUGAAGGGCUGUGCCUGCGCUCAGAAGCAGCUGCGCUUCAUGGACCAGAUGCUGGAUGCCAUUUGGAGCCUGAGCAUCGGCUACUCCAGUUGUUCUAGCGUGGAACAGCACUUCAAGGACACGAGGGAGAAGAAUGAGGUGCUGCUGGGAGAUCUCUUCUCCAGCCCGCACCUGCAGGCGCUCCUGAACCCCGAGUGUGACCCGUGGCCCCUGGAUAUGCAGCCCCUCCUUGGCCAGCAGAGGACCAAGCUUUCUUCAGAGUCAGAGGAGAGGAAGGUGACGGAGCUGGCCAGGCAGCUGCAGGAGAGUGCUGCCAAGCUCCAGGAGCUCAGGACACAGUGCUUACCUCAGCAGAAGGAAGCAGCCGCUGUGGCCGGGGCCGACCCCAGCACCUUGGACCAGAAGCUGCGCCUGGUCAUCUCUGACUUCCACCAGCUCAUUGUGGCAUUCCUCCAAGUCUACGACGACGAGCUGGGUGAGUGCUGUCACCGCCCGGGCCCUGACCUCCACCCGUGCGGCCCCAUCGUCCAGGCUGUGUACCAGACUCUGACUUCCUGCAGCCAACUGCUGAAAGCCGUCGUGGAGGCCACUAAUACCUCCGUGAGCACUGCGAACAUGGUAGCCAAGCAUCAGGGAGAGCAGAGCUGCUGGGGCAGCGACAACUCCAUGAUGAGUCUAGCCACCAAAAUGCAAGAGCUCACACUGAAAUACAAGCUCUUCAACGAGACCCUGCGGAAAGGCCCCGACUAGUCAUCACUGCAUUGUUCUCCAGGGGGCACCGCGUGGAGGGAGUGGGAGGAGGAGGGCGGAGGUGGGAGACAAAGGAGACCUCAGGUUCUAAGAAGUUGCCUCCGCCUGCUUUUUUUUGCGUUUUCUCGGUUUUGCUUUGCGGCUCUGUGA